AGCGGUGUCGUGCGGUUUUGAACUUUAACCAGCGUGUUUGUGUAUUUUUGAGGAGCAGGAAGAGGAGGAGUGGCUCCAUGACGAGCCCUCAGAUUGCCGCUGUGCUCGCCCGGCUGCAGGAGCUGACCAUGGGGAGCACGCUGGUCAAAUGCGCCCUGACCGACCUGGGCGUCCAGUGGGCCGGCUGGGCUCUGGCCGCCGCCUUCAAGACCGAGAAGUUUUACGACCUGGCCGGCUCUGGCACAUUUAUACUACUCGCACACUUGAGCCGAUUUUGGGGAGGAGCCAAUCACACCCGUCAGAAAGUACAAACAGGAUUGGUGACGGCAUGGGGACUCAGGCUGGGGACAUUCCUCUUCAUGCGGAUCUUGAAGGACGGUCACGACCGCCGGUUCAACAAUGUCAGAGACAGCCCAGGGACGUUCUUUGUUUAUUGGAGUAUUCAAGCCGUGUGGGUAUUUAUGACCCUCCUGCCCACCCUCAUGCUGAACAGUGAGCGGCGCGACGCGCCUCUGGGAACCAGAGACUACAUCGGCUGGAGCGUGUGGGGCCUUGGCUUCGCCACCGAGGCUAUUGCUGACCAGCAGAAAUGGUUUUUCAAGCGUGACCCGGAGAACGCCGGCAAGUUCAUCCAGAGCGGACUGUGGGCCUACAGCAGGCAUCCCAACUACCUGGGAGAGAUACUGCAGUGGUCGGGUCUGUGGCUGUCCGCCUCCUCCGUCAUGCAGGGCCAGCAGUACCUGAGCGUGGUGUCGCCGCUCUUCGUCUGGUUCCUGCUGCGCCACGUCAGCGGCAUCCCCAUCCUGGAGAAGCAGGCCAUGAAGAAGUGGGGGUCCGAGCCCGCCUUCCAGGACUACGUUAAGAACACGCCUCUGCUCUGGCCGUGGCCGAAAUUCUAGAUGCUGCUCGUUGGAUUCCCUGUACAAACACUUCCAGACAAAUGUUCAGGUGUUUUUGUUUUUUUUUCCAUUUUGCAUUUGAGAACAAUAAAAUGUUUGUCUCAGUCUUUUCUGCUGUUUGACAGUUGAAACAAAUGGUUGCUCCUUUUUAAAAAAAAAAAAAAAAAAAAAAAAAAAAACCUUGAAAGCU